AUGGGGCUCCUGAAGAACAGUGAUUCACCUGAGGUCUCAGAGACAUUCCCCUACGUCCUGCGCCAGUGCCCACGGCCAAAUUCCGGGCAGAACGAAUGGCAAGUGCAAAGACAAGCUAGCGGUAAGUUCUGGGAGGCGCGGAGGGUCCGCGUGGUUGGAGUAAAUGGAGCGGUAGUGGUGCAAAGGGACGAGAAAGACUUGGGGUCACCUCCUCCGGGAAGCCUUCUCCGAUUGCUGCGCUGCCUCCGCACUCUUUCAGCUUCUUUCCCUCGGGCAGAAACGAAUCCCACGGGUACCACUCAGGCCUCCUCCCUGUCCCGACUUGAGUCCCGAGAGAGCCGGGCGGGCUCGGGUUCCUCCCUCCGCAUCCCCGCGGCAUUCAGCCCGGCGCUGGGCACCCUGUGGGCACUCGGCCCCAGCGCGUACCAGCCUGGUGCUUCGGAGGCGGCCUCUCGUGCGAUCAAGGGCGCGCGCGGCUGGGAGGGCGACUCGGGGCCCUUGCUCUCCGCGCGGGAGUUCGGAAGAGAGUGGGUCGCCGCCGCCCGAGGGCGAGAGCGCGAGCGGCGCGGGAGGAAGGAGCGCUCGCUCGCCUACCGCCUCGCUGCCUCCCCGGCGCUAGCUCUCCCGGCUCCUAGGUUUGCUGGCUGCUCCUCCCACCCGCGCCCGCCUCCUCGCUCGCUCUCUCGCUCGCGCCAGCCGGUUUCUAAGCCCCGCGGUGCGCCCGGGCCACUGCCGGGCUAG